GAACACGUUUGAAAAUAAUUUAUCUCAAUGUGAAAUAGAGAAAAGUUUUAAUAUAGGCCGAUCGGCGAUGAAUUUUCUUUGAGGAUCUUGACCAUCAAAAUGAGGUCAAAGGCCAUGUUUAAUAAAGUGAUUUUCCAGGGAUAAUCAACCUGCAAUCAGGCAAUAAGGUUGCACUCAAGAUAGGGGGGUGUCCACACUCCAGUUCACUGGUGGUGUCUGCGUAUCAGGGGUGAGGGGCCUGGGUAUUCAGGCUAAAGUUACGGACGACUCCUUGAACCAAAUAACCUGUGAGCAGGUGAUAAAGUUAAACACCCAGAUGUUAAAUGGCAUCUCGUCUGGCUGUGUGUUUACUGAACAUCUCAGAAGCUCGUCGACCAAAUAUUGUGGAACAAAUUGCAAUGGUUGCUGGGAACUCCGGCACUUAUUUGACGCAGAAAUCUAAAACGAACUUCAAAUGUUUGUCAACAGUGCUAAACAUCUUUUCCGACCAUGACUACAACAGAUCUGUCUUGACCAUUGCGGCACCAGUGGAUAAUUUACAAACAUCUAUUGUCAAUGCGUGCAAGAUUGCAUAUCAGGAAAUAAACAUGCAGGACCAUAGUGGGGGGCACCCUCGGUUAGGGUCAGUUGAUCUUAUACCUAUUUACCCCAUUUCACCCAUGGUAUCCCUUGGCAAAUGUGGUGACAUUGCCAAAGCAAUUGGAGAGCAGAUAACAAGUGAGGUUCUGGGAACAAGCAUUUUUUAUUUUGGGACGGCAGAUUACCCAAAUGGAGGGAGUUUGGUGGAGCGACGGAAAGAGGUGGGAUGGUACAAGGGUAGGAGUGGUAUGUCGUAUGAUGGGGUGUAUAUUGGGCAACCACCCACAUCAAGAUAUGGGCUUACUGGUGUGGGGGCAAGUCCUUAUGUUAUGAACUGUAAUGUAACCAUCAAAACAAAGGAUUUGGGAAUUGGGCAGAAGAUUGCAAAGAACAUCCGUGGAUCAAGUCCUGGAGGUUUGAGAGGUGUGCAAGCUAUGGCCUUUGACCAUGAAGGGUCAGUAGAAAUUGCAUGUAAUGUUGAAGCUUUUGUCUCUGUUCAGGAAGGUGAUGAUGACAGGAGUCAACAUGUUUUUGACUAUACAAAGCCUAAUGAUAUUAAAGAAAGAAUAGAGAAGCUAGCAUCAGACGAUGGUGUUGAUGUGGAAGGGACAGUAAUUGUAGGAUUCACACCAGAUGAAGUUUAUGACAUGGCAUAUCAGGCCCUAUUGGAGGGAGAUACUAUGCCUUGGAGAAACAAUCAACUUCAUCGCAUGUAGCUUUGAUCUUGGCUGCAAAACUCAAGAAUACCACAAGAACAUUUGACAGAGUAGAACGUACAGUCCGUGUGG